CUGGCUCCUGACUUUGGGGCUGACCCAACAGCAGCCAGGCCCAGGUAGCAGUGACUUCCUGCUAGGGAGUCCAGGACCAGGGGUGUCUGUCUAGUGAGCAGAGCCAAGCAGCGGUCAUCUGUGGAAGACACUGGAGGCACCUGCCGUUCUUUCUGACCAAGGUUUCUCUGUGCUGCUCUAACAGACCUAGCUCACGAGAAUGCUGUGCAUUCUGGGCAAAGUUUCACAGAAAAUGCUUUCUGUUGUCUUUAUUGAGUCUCGACUGCAGAGUUAACUUCUACCCAAUGAACCAACCCACACUGUCACUCCUCAAGCCUCUCCUGGACCAACCAUCAGAACUGCUCUUUCACAGCCUAGAAAGCCCAGGACCUCCUCCAGGGCGCCUCUCAAUGCAGUGUCCGACCCUGGAGCAGUAUGCCAUGCGGGCCUUCGCCGACGCCCUGGAGGUCAUCCCCAUGGCGCUUGCCGAGAACAGCGGCAUGAACCCCAUCCAGACCAUGUCCGAGGUGCGAGCCCGACAAGUGAAGGAGAUGAACCCCGCUCUUGGGAUCGACUGCCUGCACAGGGGCACCAAUGAUAUGAAGCAACAACAUGUCAUAGAAACUUUGAUUGGCAAAAAGCAACAGAUCUCCCUGGCAACCCAGAUGGUGAGAAUGAUUUUGAAGAUUGAUGACAUCCGUAAGCCUGGAGAAUCUGAAGAAUAAAGCUGAGAGUCUGAUGUGUCAGGAAGACCCCCGA